GCUGUCCACGUGACAUUUUUGGUGAUUUGCAUGGAUUUUCGAUGUAGAUGUCGGCGCCAAGGUUUUAGAGUGACAGAUCGUUGAUGCGGGUAGCUCGAAGAUGAGUGUGCUUCAUGAGUCGUGAAGCUUUUGAUGAGAUGCAUCUGCCGCGUGGAUGGCUGUUGAAGUCUAGUAGAGAAUAGGGGAUGGGUAUUUUGCAGUGGACUAGGCCAGGUUCAUCUUGUGAGCAUGCAUGGAGGAGGUGGUUACUCAAGAAGGUGAUCAAUCUUGAUGCAAGGGACCAUCUGAGAUGGGGAUUGCACGAGACAGCUGAUGCGGAUGCACUUCCACAAACGUCUCCAUAUAGAAUACCUGGGGUUGUCUGUACAGCAACAUGUUAUUCCUCUAUUUUUAAGCUGUAUAUGUCUGUCUUCAUGCAUGUAACAAUUGAGGAUGAUAAAAUGGUGAUUCUUGUUCCUCUUCUUGAGGUACAUGAUAUCACCGAUAAGGAGCUGCCCCUUCCUUGUGCUGCACAUCCCGGAGCCAUCGUGACGUCUCGAUCAGUUGAUUUUUAUUUUUUAUUUUUUUUUAUCUUCCUUCAUUUUCUCCUCCUCAUGUUCAUUGUCUUCUACUUUUCUAGAAUUUGCCGUGCUACCUACUUAGCCACUUUCAAUCGAAUCGGGUAUAUUUCAUCUCCAUAUGUACCGCGUUGGAAGUCUUUUCGAGUAGCUAGACAUCGUCGAAAGGGUAGUCCGUCUCAAAGAGCAGUCCGUUUCUUUUGCACUAGCAUUCCAAGCUACAUGUAUUCAACCCUUCUUCCUUUCUUCAUCCAUCAUCUUCUUUGCCAUCCGCUAACUCAGGCUCCCUGCCAGUAAACAAGCAACAGCUCGCCCAUUGGUCAAACUACUGAAGAUACCCAAGAUCAUCCAGAAGCAUUGUCGCCUUGUGCUGCAAUCCCCUCAUUGUGAAACAGGAUUGAUGGAUGAUUACUGCUUGCUCGUAUCACUUGUCACAGGCACAUGUCAAGAUUGUUGAAAUGGAAAUUUCCAUUUCGGAGUCUCUAAAGGGGCCCUCCUGUACCAUGGCUGCGAUUUCUCUAUAUACAAAUCCCUAUCCACCUCUAUCC